AUGGCGAUCGGUGUUGACAGAGUGAACACUCAGUUGGGCAUCGUGUUCGACUUUUCACUGUGGAGCGUCGACUUCGCAGAUGGGAAGACUAAGAGGAAUCAUACCGUGCUCGCACCUUUCUACGGCCAGGUCUUCGCGGCCGAGUUUAUUGGCUCGUCUCUUGGCGAGGACGUGCAGGUGAUUGAGUUGGCCAUCACAGGUGAUGGUGAUGGCAAUACAGGAUCUGGGGCGUUGUCGGCGUACGUUGCCUACGAAAGCGGCCGGCCGGCUCGAGUCGCGGUGAUCAACAUGCAGUGCUGGAGCGGGAUGGCCAAUUGCUCAUCCUCGGAGUCUUUAUCAAGACCGAGUCAAGAGGUCGAGGUCUCCGUCCCGAAGGACGUGAAAUCCGCGCUCGUCGAGAAAUUAACCAGCCCCUGCGGCGCGGACGCCUUUGCGGACCAGGGCAUCACUUGGGACGGAGUGAGCUGGAACACGGCCGAGAAUGAUGGAAUCGGCAGGCAAGUGCUGGACAGGGACGACGACAGUGUUGCGAAUGUCACCAUCGUCAACAACGGCACAGUAAACGUUCGUGUUGGGGCGAGCGAGGCUGUCAUGGUCAACUUGGGAUAUUGA